GAAUAGCGACUGGAACAUCGCAUUGUCUUCCUCUUCUCGUAACGACAUACAUAACGUCUUGCACUCUAAACCCGUCGCUCUUUCUUCUUCGCUCUCAUCGUCGUCAGGCUGCAUACUGCAGCGUGCACCGAAAUAUCUCUCGCCGUGCUCUGUAUUUGUCGUCUUCCGCAGCAAUACCCGCUCCUACACUGUACUUUGCUAAUCGCGGCCUCGAGGCAGCCUUGGAUAUCUGCUGGCCCUCGUGCUCAAAACGGACUCGUAACUUAUUUGUACUUACCCCAAAGCCAACGACGGAGCUGAAGCGGUGAAUCAUGGCGGACCUGACGAUACUGGGCUCCUCGAAUCCGCUCUAUCCCUCCCUUUCCGACUAUGCCUCAUCUUCAGGCUCGAAGUCGACCAACUACCUCGCGCGGCUCUCGAGGGCGCGUUUACCCCAAUCGCCCUCAACGCCUUCCCUGCCCCGUAGCCCUAGCCCUCACGCAGGCAACCCGCCUCAAUACCUCUCUCCACCGCGAAACACGUUUAAAUCGAACGCACAGCGACAUAGGCGGCAGCGCUCGUCCUCCGCGCCUCCGCCACUGUCCCUCCCUCCUACCCCUAACCCCGCCCCACCGCCGCGGCCCUCCCCCGCCUCGCCGACGUCCGCGUACACGCGCGCGAUCCCCCGGCACUCGACCCGCGGCGUGCCCGAGCACCCGUCCACCGCGCCCAUUCCGCGCAAGAGUCACAGCCUCCCGCUUCCCCCGCCCCGCUCCUACCUUGGCAGCAACCCGCGCACAGGCACGCUCCUCCCGCCCCCGCCGCCCCUCUUCCGACCGACGCCGUUCUGGCGGCACCAACCGCGCGCGUCCUCGCCUACCUCCCCGCACCACCUCGUCCGCCGCGCGACGUUCGUCGCCGCAGGUAUGGAACUCAACAAGCCGUACGGCGAUCUCAGCGCGCUCGGGGUCGAGAUGCGGAUGGGCAAGGCGGGCGUCAGCGUCGUCUUGCUGCCCACGUAGUGGGUCGGGCACGUCGGCGGGCGCGCGAUGCGCCCUGUGGUCGUAUGGCGAGGGGGUUGGAUCCUGAUUGUUUAAGCCUGCUGCACCUAUCACAACCUCCAUAAGGCUCGCAGCCGAGUUUCCGCGUAUGAUGCAACCCAGCUUUCCCUCGGUGGGAUCUCUGGGGCCUGAACACCGAGUACCUCCGUGGUCACGGCUCCGCUGUUGGAGGCGCAGUCUUGCGCUGCUCUUCCCUUGGCAUGUGUAAUACCGGAGUACCAUAACUCUAAUGGUGAUAUAGGGACCUUUAGGUUGCUCACUGGCCUAUGUACGUUGUCGGGAGGGUAUUAUCCUAUCACUCGCAUAGAGAAUGCUUGCAUUUACUGCCUGGGUCGCAGCCCGCCGGACGUUCAGAGACUCCAUGCGAGGCACAUCGGCCUUCAUCAAUUGUACCUUGAGUACAUAAUAGCUUCCAGCGCUGACAGACGCUCGUACAGUACAAACUUCGAAACCAGACGUUCUACCAACGUUUCAACGAAAAGAACCGUAUAUACGAGGAAGGAAGAAAGCGGAAGACAUCAUGCUAUUCCAACGCGUCCUAUGUAAAGAACCUUCAACAUCCAAUUCGCUGACAGCGGCAUGCUGCCAACUCACCAGUGCUGCUUCCCUG